UCCAUGAGGGCUAACAGAGUGUUCAGCAAAUGGAGUGUGUAGGGGUGACGGAUCAUUAAUCCCACUAACCAACAGGGAAUUUUUUCCCCAAUACAUUGGCUCCCUCAGGAUUUAGUAAACCUAGGUAGAGAGGUGGCUGAACUUUGUAGUCAAAGGUGGUGGAUAAAGAUGACUAUUGCACACAGUAAAUUCAUUAGUAAUCUGGACUCUUCUCUCUUUUAUACUAAAGGAGCCAUGAGGGAAGAAAACCAGUCCUCUACCCUGGGAUUCAUUCUUCUGGGAAUUUCCAGGCAGCAACAGCAGGAAAAUCUCUUCUUCAUCCUCUUCCUGUUCAUUUACCCCAGCACACUGAUUGGAAAUCUGCUCAUCAUCUUGGCCAUUCAUUCUGAUGUUCGCCUUCACAAUCCCAUGUACUUUUUCCUUGCCAAUCUCUCCUUUGUUGACAUCCUCUUCUCAUCUGUAACUGUCCCUAAGAUGCUAGCAAACCAUCUCUUGGGCAUCAAAGUCAUUUCCUUUGGAGGAUGCCUAACACAAAUGUAUUUCAUGAGUGCCCUGGCUAACACAGAUAGCUAUAUCUUGGCUGUGAUGGCAUAUGAUCGUGUGGUAGCCAUCAGCCGCCCUCUUCAUUAUACAGUAAUUAUCAGCCCGAGGUCUUGCUUUCUGCUUGUUGUUGGGUCUUGGGUGAUUGCAAAUGCCAAUACCCUCCCGCACAUUCUGCUUACAUCUAGUCUGUCCUUCUGUGGCAACCAGGAAGUGGCCAACUUCUACUGUGACAUUCCCUCUUUGCUCAAGUUGUCCUGUUCUGAUAUCCACUUUAAUGUGAAAAUGUUGUACCUAGCCACUGGUGUUUUCUGUUUGCCAUUAAUAUUUAUCAUUAUGUCCUAUAUCCGGGUCUUUUCCAUUGUCCUAUGUGUUCCAUCCACUAAGGGGAUACUCAAAGCCUUCUCAACCUGUGGCUCCCACCUCACAGUUGUUUCUUUGUAUUAUGGGACAGUGAUGGGCAUAUAUGUCCGUCCUCUGAUCAGUUACAGCCUAAAGAAUGCAGUGAUAACUAUGAUGUACACAGCAGUGACCCCAAUGUUAAAUCCGUUCAUCUACAGUCUGAGAAACCGUGACAUGAAGGCUGCCUUGGGGAAACUCUUCAGCAAGAGAAUUUCAUCAUAAC